GCAGAUCCAACAUGGCGAUGGUCUACCCGGAGCUGAUUUCGGGACAAAACCCUGGGGCCACUAAUCAGGCAGUUGCAGGUUAUUAAUCGAGGUUUAAGAGAUGCUUUGCAGCAUUUGGAUGUCAGUUUGGUGAAUGACGGUGAAGAUGAUCAUUCCCUUCUCUUCUCUCAUUGAUGUAAUGACUGAGUGAACGUCUUUCCCGUACCCUGAACAGAUGCAUUUGCUGGUGUUUCUGUAGGCCAGACUGUGGCAUCAUAACAGCCAGCACUGCUCUGAUUCACCUUUGUGCUCCCUGAUCAACUCUGUCAAUAUCUAACUUCCUCAGUCUCUCACAAUGGGAUAUUAUAAACGGACUUGCAGAUGGGAAUCUCAAUAAUUGUAAUGCCAAACUCUGGCAGAACUGCUCAAUUCAUCAGAUCCUGGGUAUUCACAUUGUGUUGUUGAUCUGCAAUGAAAGAUUUCAAACAAAACGACAUCCAGACCUGACAAUAAUCCUGUUUAUCAUAGUCUGAUUAUCUCUGGAUCUUGAACAUUGAAGGAAAAAUCACUGUUCACACUGGGGAGGAACACAUAAUAAGUGUAUGUUGAAGCAUCUGAGAAGAUUAGUCUAAAAUGUCCAAACAUCAGCGCAAUCACACUGGGGAGAGACUAUGGAAAUGUGGUGAUUGUGGGAAGGGAUUUCUUUACCAAUCCCGUCUGGAAAUGCACCAACGCAGUCACACUGGGGAGAAGCCGUUUACUUGCUCUGAUUGUGGAAUGGGAUUCCCUCAGUCAUCCCACCUGCUGAUACAUCAGCGAGUUCACACUGGGGAGAGACCAUUCACUUGCUCCCUGUGUGGGAAAGGAUACACACAGUCAUCCCACCUGCAGAUACAUCAGCGAGUUCAUACUGGGGAGAGACCAUUCACCUGCUCUGAUUGUGGGAAAGGAUUCACUCAGUCAUCUAGCCUGCGGAAACACCAGCGAGUUCACACUGGGGAGAAACCAUUCACUUGCUCCCAGUGUGGAAAGGGAUUCACUCAGUCAUCUGACCUGCUGAUACAUCAGCGAGCUCAUACUCGGGAGAGACCAUUCACCUGCCCUGACUGUGGGAAGGGAUUCACUCAGUCUUCCAACUUGCAGACACACCAGCAAAUUCACACCACAGAGAGACCAUUCACCUGCUCCGACUGUGGAAAGCGAUUUAACCAUUCAUCCAGCCUGCGGAUACACCAGCGAGUUCACACUGGAGAGAAACCAUUCACCUGUUCUGAAUGCGGGAAGAGGUUUACCCAAUCAUCCAAUUUGCGGAGUCACCAGCAAGUUCACACGGGGAAGAAACCAUUCACCUGCUCCAAAUGUGGGAAGGGAUUCAUUCGGUCAUCCCACCUGCUGAUACACCAGCGAGUUCACACUGGAGAGAGACCAUUCACCUGCUCUGAUUGUGGGAAGGUGUUUAACCAAUCAUCCAACCUGCUCAGUCACCAGCGAGUUCACACAGGAGAGAGACCGUUCACCUGCUCUGAUUGUGGGAAGGGAUUUAACCAAUCAUCCAACCUGUGGAGACACCGACAAGUUCACACUGGGAAGAAAUGUUCACUCAGUCAACUCACCUGCUGAACUACCAGCUUGUUCACUCUGGGGAGAGUGUUGUUUCAUCCAGUGUGGGAAGGGAUUCAUGCUGUCAUCCGAACUGUUAACACACCAGUGAAGUGACACUGGAUGGAUCCUGUUCACCUGCUCUGUUUGUGUAAAAGGAUUUGCUGUUUGCAAAUAUCCAGCAAAUUCACAAAGAAUGGCAGGUGAAUGGUUUUGCCUUUACUCACAACAAGAAAUGAAUCUUGGUCAUUGGGCAGUUUGCAUUGAUAUUAAUAAACCCAGCUGUAUUAAAGGUGCUGAAACUGUCAGUAAAAUAUCAAUACAUUUGUGUGAUAAGGUUUGAAAAUGAUCACAAUGUCGCUGUACAUCAACACAUUUACACUGGGUAAAGACUGUCCACCUUCAUACUGUUUGUAAAGUGGGUUUGUGGAUUAUCAGGAUUGCUUAAGCAGCAAUGAGUUCCCUAGUAUCUGUCUGUAUUAGAUUUUGAUGAUGUUGUCUACAUCCAAACUGCAUUUUCUGGACCAAUUUCUGAUGUUUGUAAAUACCACAGGUUCAGUGAAUUAUUUGGGAUCAAAAAUAAUACAAAUCAGCUUUUCGUUAAAA